AAUUAUAAUACUAGAAUCCUAAAAUUGUAUUAGCCCCUUCUCUCUCCUCUUCUUCCCAGCCCGAUACCACCACUCUUUCUUUUCUUCUCUCGCAUCUCAGUCGGCCAGACCAAAUGAGCCAUCUCCAGCAACCACCCAAUGACACGCACCCCAUCACAAGCUUCCUUGGCCCCCAAAACCCCCAACCCGUGAAGCUUGCCUCCCCACUCGUCGGCAUCCGUCGCAACUGGCCCCCCGAAGUUCUGUCGCCGAUGUGAGUUUGGAGGAUUUUUCUGGCCUCCACCGUCUUCGAAACAAGAAUUCAAGGGAAUGGUUGGGUUUGUGAGCUCAAGAUAAGCAAAACCCCUAUGGAAAUUGGACUGAAAUGUCGCUGGAGGUGCUCACCAAUGUCAAGAACGACUUUCUUCUUCUUCUUGGAUAUCUGACUUCACCUGUGCUGGCCUCUUCGCUCCUAAUAGCUUCUUCUUCAAAACCAGGGCACUUCUGAGAGAAUUGCUUCCUUUUAUGAGCUUUGAUGUGUAUAUUAUUUGGUGUAAAGUAUAUAUAGAAGCAUUGGCUUAUGCUUAGAGGGCAUAUCUAUUUGUUAUAUUCAUUGAUUUCAGAUCUAUUCCAUGGAUAUACAUACACGGUAUGCUCUCUCGUCAACCCUUAUUGGUGGUGUAAUGGGUGCACAUGCUCAAUUAUGGGAGGUAUAUAGUGGUCUGUCUAGUUGUUGUGGCAUUCCUCAGCUAUCAAGGAAGCUGAAUCAGAUUUUGGAACAACAUAUUAGAAUGGCUCUCCCAAGUUUGAAGUCUGAGCUGAACUCAGAAAUGAAUGCUAUUGUUAAAGAACUUCAGACAUACGGAAAUGUUGUAGAGGCUAAUGUGGAAAAAGGAGUAGUUUUGUUGAACAUUUUGUCAAAAUAUUGUGAAGAUUUUUAUGCUAUGGUGGAUGGAAGUAGUCAGGAAAUAUCAACUAAAAAAUUGUCAGGUGGAGCCAGGAUCCAUUAUAUAUUUCAGUCAAUUUUUGUAAAGAGCUUGGAGGAAGUCGAUCCUUGUGAGGGUCUAAAUGAUGAUGAUAUUCGGAUAGCUAUUCAAAAUGCUGCUGGUGCUAGAAAUGCAUUAAUCGUUCCAGAGGUCCCAUUUAGAGUUUUGGUUAGAAGGCAGAUUGCUCAGUUGUUGGACCCUAGUCUUCAGUGUGUCUGUUAUGUUUAUGAUGAACUGAUGAAGAUUAGUCGUGCUUGUGAAGUAACUGACUUGCAAAGGUUUCCAAAAUUGAGAAGGCGCAUGGAUGAAAUUGUGGUAAAGUUUUUACGUGAAGGUGUAAAGCCUGCUGAGAGAAUGAUAGGACAUCUUAUAGAGAUGGAGAUGGAUUAUAUAAAUUCUUCGCAUCCAAAUUUCCUAGGUGGCAGCAAAGCUGUUGAGCUUGCUUUGGAGCAAUUGAGAUCACAACAGGGCAUUGCAGAUGUUGAAAAGCCAAUAGAGAAAAGCCAGAAUUCUCGAGCUGUUAUUCCUAGGUCUCUUAUGAAUGGAGCUUUACUAACCCAGGGAAGUCGGUCUUCAGUGAACAAUGAGAAACCUACAUCAUCUGGAGUAAACACAUCAACAAGGACUUGGGGUAUUUCAUCUAUAUUUGGGACUAGGGGAUCGUCUGGAGGGAAUCCAUCUAACAGCAGAACCUUAGGCGAGCCUGAUGAUUCUGGUCAGAUGCCUUCUACAAUCCAAUUGAUAGAGCCCCCAUCCAUGUUAAGGCCACUUGAAGCUACAGAGAAUGAAACACUCGAAAUUUUUGUAACCAAAUUACUCAUCCAAUCAUACUAUGACAUUGUCAGAAAGAAUAUUCAAGAUCUAGUGCCAAAAGCUAUAAUGCAUUUUCUGGUGAACCACUCAAAACGGAAACUUCAGAGCACCUUUAUACAAAAACUUUACAGGAUGCCUUGCAGCAAGAGGUCCAGACACAAUCCCAAUCCCAAUCUCAAUCCCAAUCUGAAUCUUUAGCAGAAAGUGCCACUAUCAAUGAGACACAAGUCGUCUUAAAGAUACUUGGUCAAUGUCGUGGCCACAACCGAGGUAUUGGACGCAAGUUGAAGGGCACUAGUACCUUUCCCUCAGGCGCCACCAGAUCCUCUUCACAAUCAGAGGCAUCACUAUUUUCGUCCACCACAGUGGACCCUCCAAUGGUACCAGCUGAGGCUUUCCAGCCAAUGGUUCAACACUUCACUCAAGCCAUUAUGACCUAGAACAACAACUUCAACCAAAUGCAAUAGUUUUUGCAAGAUACAAAUCUGAACAUCCAAGCUCCACAAUUUCAUUCUGUCAACUUGGACAUGAAUAUGAUACAGUCCAUGAUGGUGAACUUUCAACCACAACAACCACAACAGCCACAAUCACCACAACAACAACCAUCACAACCACCACCACAACCACCACAACAGUCCGAUGAUGAUGAUGACUUUGGAAUUGAUUUAGAUGACAUUUAGUGUGAUUAUAUUAUUAUUUUGUGUUGUUUUUAUUUUAUUUUGGAGACUAUACUACUUAUGUUUUGUUUUUUUACAUUUUGGAGACU